AUGGAUAAAACAUAUAUAGAAGGGGCUUCUGUAACUAGAGGUAGUGGUACCGAGGAAUACGGAGGCCAGCUCGCCUUGUGGGGUGUUAUACCUCUAUGGAGAGCUGCACCGCCACCUGACACCGUCUUAACUCUAAGAAAACCCACACCUUCAGACUGCUGGCCAUUUAGCGGCUCAUAUGGUGAAAUUUUAAUAGAACUAACAAGGAAUGUGCAAAUUAAAGCAAUUAGUUUGGAGCAUAUACGACCGGACAGUGCAAGGAGUGCACCUAAGAAUUUCACAUUUUACGGCAUCUUGGAAAACGGUACUUGGGUUAAUGUUGCAGAAGGCGAAUAUAAUGGAAAAGGCCCAGCUAAACAAUACUACAGAUUCAACUGGAGCCUGCCUUUGAAGAAAAUUAUCUUUCGCAUUUUGUCGAAUCAAGGCAACACGAAAUACACCUGUCUUUAUAGGGUUCAUUUCUAUGGAAAAUAA